AUGUGUACCGAGCUUCAAGAUACGACCAAUGCGUCUGACAUGCAAAACGACACAAGAAACGCCACAGCACAGUACGAUGUAGACCCUCUCCAGACAACUCUCCUGGGCAAACUCCUGCAGCUGUUCUGGCUGGUGCCGUCCUUGGUGCUGAUUUUCAGCCUGAACUGUCUCUUCCUCGUCGCCAUCCUGCGGACCAAAAAGCUAUGGCGGCCGCGAUUCGUCCUUCCCGCUAGUCUCUGCGUCCUGGACAUCGCCCAAGGCAGCCUCUUCAUCCCCAGCUCGGUGGUGAACAUCGUUAUGGGAGGGAACAACAACCCGGCUUGGUUCUGUUGGACUCAGGCGAGCUACUUCUAUGUGGCCUCUUGCUGCACCUUCUCUACCCUAACGCUGAUGGCCUGGGACCGCUACCAAGCUGUCUGCAACGCACUUCACUAUCAGGAAAAGUUAGACUUACCGCGUCUUCUGGUAAAGAUUGCCGCCGCCUGGACAGUUUCCAUCGCGCAGAGUCCGCUCUACAUCAUUGGCAUCUACUGGCACACAGACAAUUGCAACAUCGGCGCGCCGUUUUGUAUGUUAGCGGAGUUGGGCUCACGGGGACACGCCGAGAAACGUUUUUACAUCAUCUGGGUCGUCUGUGAGUUGAUCUGCAUCGCAGUCAUCUUCCUCUCCUACGGCAAAGUGUACUUAGAAACAAAAGAGUAUCAGAAGCGGCAACGGCAGUUCUUACCACACAGGCGGUCCGAUAGCAGCCUGAGAAACAAGCGAACAGAACGAACAAUUUCAGCUCAAAUCGCCGUCCUUUUGGUCUUUCUGAUCCUACGAUACAUCCAAAUCGGCAUCUCUCUCAUCGCUACGCCGUCGAACAAAAGAUUGUCGGUACACAUCGUCAAACGUACAGUGCAGUUCCUGUAUCUGACCGUGCCUUGCUUCAGCAACCCUGUCAUCUAUGGACUCAGUAGUAAGGAACUACAAACAGCCGUGAAAAAAGUGUGCUGUGGUAAGCUGGCUAACGUCAGAAGUUCUCCGACAAGAAGGCAGAAAGUUGUUGAGACAUCUGACUCAAGGAGCGCGCAACAAGACUCUGCGAGGCCUGGGCAUACUGGUGAAAUCCAGUCACCAUCGUUCAUAAGGUUAUCGGCAACGGGAAGAGAUACUUGUAACGUUCUGUCAGCAGAUGAAGCUGACGUUUCGUGCGUGCAACGCAACAGAGAAGACAGACAAGUUGAAGGACAGAGCAAUGCCGCGUUUGAAGACAUUGUCUCAUCUUUAUAA